UAUAAACUGAACCAGUACGUUAUCCUCGCCAAGACGCCGCCGCCGUCCGGGACCUGCAGCCAGAGCCAGAGAAGCCAUGGCGCAGCGCCCGGACGCCGAGGCGCCCCUGCUCGGCAAGCCCGGCGCCGCCUCCCCACCGUCGCCGCCGGCGAAGCGAACCAAUAAGUACCCCUUCUUCUGCGCCGUGCUCGCCUCCAUGACCUCCGUCCUCGCGGGCUACAACGUGGCGGUGAUGAGCGGCGCGCAGAUCUUCAUGGCGGAGGACCUCGGCGUCACCGACGCGCAGGUCGAGGUGCUCUCGGGUGUCAUCAACGUCUACUCGCUCGUCGGCGCGCUGCUGGCCGGGUGGACCUCCGACCGCCUCGGCCGCCGCCUCACCAUCGUGCUCGCCAACGUCUUCUUCCUCGUCGGCCCGCUCGCCAUGACGCUCGCCGGAGGGUACGCCGUCCUCAUGGCGGGACGCUUCGUCGCCGGCGUCGGCGUCGGGUACGCGUUCGUCAUCGCGCCCGUCUACGCCGCCGAGAUCGCGCCGGCGUCCUCCCGCGGCCUCCUCUCCUCGCUCCCCGAGAUCUUUAUCAACAGUGGAGUGAUGCUGAGCUACGUCGCCAACUUGGUCUUCUCGGGGCUGCCCGUGCACCUGUCGUGGCGGUUGAUGUUCGCGGCGGGGGUGGUGCCCACGGUGUUCCUCGCCGCCGGCGUGCUCACCAUGCCGGAGUCGCCGCGGUGGCUCGCCAUGAAGGGCCGGGUCGCCGAGGCCAAGGCCGUGCUCGACAAGACGUCGGACACGCCCGCCGAGGCCGAGCAGCGGCUGCUGGAGAUCGAGGACGUCGUGAACGGCGGCGGCCGGAGCGGUGAGGGCAGCGGUGGCGGCGCGUGGAAGGAGGUGGCGACGAAGGCCGGCGUCCGCCGCGUGCUGGCCAUCGUGCUGACGCUGCAGUUCUUCCAGCAGUCGUCGGGCAUCGACUCCGUGGUGCUGUACGGCCCGCGCGUCCUCGCCAUGGCCGGGGUCACCUCCAACACCCUGCUCCUGAGCCUGAACGUCCUCUUCGGCGUCGCCAAGGCCGGCUCCAUCCUCAUCGCCAUGGCGCUCGCCGACCGCGUCGGCCGCCGCCCGCUCCUCCUCGUAAGCACGGGCGGCAUGACGGCGUCCCUGCUCGUCCUGGGCUCCCUGUUCGCGGCGUUCACCGGCGCCAAGGACGACGCCGCGGUGGCCGCGGUGAGCUUCGCGGCCGUGGUUGCGUUCGUCGUGUCCUUCUCCGUCGGGUUCGGGCCGCUCGCCUGGGUGUACAGCUCCGAGAUCCUGCCGCUCCGGCUGCGCGGCCAGGGCGCCGGACUCGGCACCGCCAUGAACCGGAUCACGAGCGGCGUCGUCACCAUGACCUUCAUCUCGCUCUACCAGGCAAUCACCAUGGCCGGCGCGUUCUACCUCUACGCCGCCAUCGCCGCCGCCUCGUUCGUGUUCGUCUACGCGUGCCUGCCGGAGACCAGGGGACGGAGCCUCGAGGACAUGGAGGAGCUCUUCCACACCAAGUGAUUCGUACGUGUGAUUAGUUUCGAUUCAGUGGCAAUGGCAUUGAUCUUUGUCGAUCGUUGACACAAAUGACACCUGCAAGUACAAAUUACGACACUGUAAAUUUGUAUUCUUUGUUCGCAAGACUAUACGAGAAUAAAAGAUUUUGCGCUUCAUCA